AUGAAGCCGGGGGAUAUUAAUGACCGCCCCUUGAAAAAGAGACGCUUUUUCGUCGAAGAGGAGGACAUCAAGCAGUACCCCAUUGACUCUACACCUGCAUCCCUUGACGCGUCUACACCUCUCUCUUCUCACGAUAACCAGCCCUCGAAGGUUCGGUCUCAAGAUACGCAGAAUGGCGACAUAAUAUCUCCAGGAGAAAGAGAGGGGGAAGGCCGAACGCAUGACGAUGACCAACAAAGCAAGAACUAUACUUUACAACGAGAACGAGAAGCAGAGAUUUCUGGAUAUGACAUAGGACAGGAUACACCUAUCACGCAAAAUGGCGAGAUACCAGAAAAUCAGAAGGAAAGUGUGACUGCGGAGAACACAUCACCGCAGGGAGUCGCAGACGGAUUUGACACGGAGGCCUUCAUUAGCAUCGUCGGGGAGCGUCUCGCACUAGACGCGAUACGCAAGAUUCGGAACGUGGCCGGUGAUGAUCUAGAGAGGGCGAUUAAUGUCUAUUUCGAUGGGUCGUGGAAAACUUUAAUUGGUGGCGCGAGAAACCAAACCACGUUGACGUCCCAACAAACGCUGUCCACGCGAUCUACACCUGCUAGCCAGUUGUCUCGACAAGGGAAUGGGCUAGGGAGGAAUGGGAGUAGUGCCCCGCCUGAAGUUGCACCACGACGCACCUCCCAGCCCUCGCUAAGAUACAUCGGUGCUUUCGGCGUAGGAGCAUGGGCGACUCGGAGUGGUGCGGGUUUGAUCAAACAUGGCGAUCGUGUAAACAUUGAGCGUGCCAGGUCUCAGCCAGUUUCGAAACGUGGUCGCGGAGGGAGGAUUUUUACUAAUAGCAGGGGAGACGUUUUAACUCGUUUCACAAAUCAGUUGGGCCAAGAAAUUGGCAGGCUGCCUCAGGAAACAGCAGGAUGGGUGUCCACUUUGAUUGACCAAAAGGUCUGUAAACUCGAGGGAGUUUGUGUAUUUGCGCCGGACAGAGUCCGGGUGAACGACACAAUAUAUCUGCAGCUAUGGUGCUACUUGCGCAUAGAGGCUUUCCAAUCCGGAAUACUCGAUAGCUCAAUUGAUGAUAAUAGGUCGAUAAGUAUCUUUGAAGAGAAAGAAAGUACUGAGGAGAAGCGGCUACGUCUUCGCCAGGUCGCCCUGGUGAAACUCUUCGAUGAGAUUGGCCUGCAACCCACCUCCGCAAACGACAUGACUCUGAAACACAAAAAGGACGGUUUGCUGCGUGCAGUGGAGAUAGCUGAGCAGUACGACAAAAGCAAAAAGGAGAACAAAUCGAACGAUUCGUCCGAAGAUGAAGAGUCCGCAGAACUAGAGGAAGAUCAACUUGAUACGCUUUACAAGAAGGCCCAGUCUUUCGACUUCAGUAUGCCGGAGGCAGAACCCCCACCGACAUUCUCUCUGAAGCUUCGAAGGUAUCAGAAACAAGCACUUCACUGGAUGCUAGCAAAGGAGAAGGAUAACAAGUCCACUAGAGGUCGAUCGAUGAACCCGCUGUGGGAAGAAUAUGCAUGGCCAACGAAAGACGUCGAGGAUAACAGCCUUCCGAGUAUUGAUGGACUCGAUCAUUUCUACGUCAACCCGUAUUCCGGAGAGCUUAGUAUCGAGUUUCCAGCACAAGAACAGCAUUGCCUUGGUGGCAUCUUAGCUGACGAAAUGGGCUUGGGUAAAACUAUCGAGAUGCUUAGUCUGGUCCACUCGCAUAGGAAUGUUCCUCCCAGCCAAGCAGCGGAUGGUCCAAGUUCCAUAAACGAUUUAGCAAGAUUACCUUCCUCUUCCUCUAGCGUGGUCGCUGCCCCAUACACAACUCUUGUUGUUGCUCCCACCUCCCUUCUCUCGCAGUGGGAAAGUGAAGCUCUGAAGGCUUCCGAAUCAGGCACGAUGAAGGUUCUGAUGUACUAUGGUAAUGAGAAAUCUGUGAACCUCAGAGACUUGUGCGCGACAGGUAACCCUAAGGCUCCCAAUGUGAUUGUCACAAGUUACGGUGUUGUCCUUUCAGACUAUCGACAAAUGUUGUCAUCAGCAUCAUUUUCAGCUGCUACACCGGGUGGAUUGUUUUCCGUAGAUUUCUUCCGCGUCAUUCUUGAUGAAGCACACCUUAUCAAGAACAGGCUGUCAAAGACAGCAAGAGCUUGCUAUGAACUUAAAGCGACACACCGAUGGGUUCUCACGGGUACACCUAUUGUUAACCGGUUGGAAGAUUUGUUCAGUUUAGUGCGGUUUCUCAAAGUUGAGCCAUGGAAUAACUUCUCCUUUUGGAAGACAUUCAUUACUGUACCAUUCGAGUCUAAGGACUAUGUACGUGCUCUCAAUGUGGUACAGACUGUUCUCGAGCCUCUAGUCCUCCGGCGCACCAAAACGAUGAAAACGCCGGAAGGGGAACCUCUAGUACCAUUGCCACGUCGGACAAUCACCAUCGAAGAGGUCGAACUCACUGAGCAGGAAAGGGAGAUCUAUGACUAUAUUUAUACCCGAGCAAAACGUACAUUCAACGACAACGUCGAAGCGGGCACCUUGUUGAAAUCUUUCACGACAAUCUUUGCUCAGCUUCUCCGUCUACGCCAAACGUGCUGCCACCCCAUCUUGACACGAAAUUCGGCUAUUGUAGCAGAUGAAGAAGAUGCAGCAGCGGCCAAUGAGGUAAAUGGACUCAAGGACGACAUGGACCUGCAGGAGCUUAUAGACCGUUUCACGACAACUACCGAAUCAGCCAACUCCAAUCAAGACCAAGAUUCUUCAAGUAAAUUCACCACAUACGCACUGAAGCAGAUUCAAAACGAAUCUAGCGGCGAGUGCCCGAUUUGCUCGGAGGAACCCAUGAUUGAUCCAGCAGUAACCACCUGCUGGCAUAGUGCAUGUAAAAAGUGCCUAGAAGACUAUAUACGCCACCAAACGGACAAGGGCGAAUCUCCCCGAUGUUUCGCCUGCCGGGCACCGGUGAGCAGCAGAGACAUCUUCGAGGUCGUCCGCCGUCAAUCGCCCAAUACCACACCCACGGAAAACGACCUCUACACCAGUACUCCACCAUCCUGCACACAACCGGGGCCCCGGAUCUCCCUCCGUCGGAUCAACCCCCUCUCCCCUUCCGCCCAUACCUCCGCAAAGAUCCACUCCCUCAUCAACCACCUCAACCGCGUCCCAUCAAACACAAAAUCAGUCGUCUUCUCCCAGUUCACCAGCUUCCUCGAUCUCAUCUCCCCACAGCUGGACAAAGCCGGCAUCUCCCACGUCCGCUUAGACGGAACAAUGGCCCAGAAGGCCCGAGCCGCAGUCCUCGCUGAGUUCAAUAAGCCCGAAACCUUCGAUCAGGAAGAAAUAGAAGAAGCCGAGCGAGAAGACGGCGCCUAUACUCCGUUCACCAAAAGACCAGCGAACGGUCACACGGCUACAAGUCCCGGGCCCAAAGUCCUACUCAUCAGUCUUCGCGCCGGUGGUGUAGGCCUCAACCUUACGGCUGCCAGUAAUGUCUUUAUGAUGGAUCCGUGGUGGAGUUUUGCGAUUGAGGCCCAGGCUAUUGAUAGGGUUCAUCGCAUGGGUCAAUUGCGGGAUGUAUCUGUUACGCGUUUUGUUGUUAAGGAUUCGAUUGAGGGGAGGAUGUUGCGGGUGCAGGAGCGGAAGAUGAAUAUUGCCGGGUCGUUGGGGCUGAGGGUUGGAGGGGAUGGAAAUGAAGACGAGAAGAAGAAGGAAAGGAUCGAGGAGUUGAAGUUGCUUUUCGAGUGAGGAGUGUAGUGUAGUGGUGUCUUGUCUAUAUUCAUG